AUGCAGGUAGACCCAGAGAAUACAACGCAAAUGUCAUAUCGAGCAGACAUAGGGAAGCUGAAGAGCACAUCCGGCGCCUUCUACUCCUCUGUGGUGAAGGCUGUGAGCAGCCCAAAAAUGCAAAGUGUGAGAGAGCUGAUAGACAACUUGCAUGGCAAGAUAGGCUCGAUUUCAACAGAGUUUAUAGAAAUACGCGGAUGCAGCAAGAAAAAUGAGAAAGAAGUCAGAGCCCUGAUAAAGGACAGGAUAAAAGAAAGCCUGCACGCAGGCAUUCUGAACGCCUUUAUUGAGUCGCUAAUGGCGGAAAAAGAGAGCUUUUCCGCGGGGCGCGCCGGAAAAAACUGUGCAAAAGAGCUGCAAGUGGGCAAGCGCGCAAAAAAGAACAUGCACAGGAUGGCCAAAAUAUUCCAGGACGAAGCAGUUCUGGUCCUGGAGGAGUUUAUGGAGAUGGAGCGCAUGGCGCAGCCCGUCUCCAGAAAAACUUCGGAGCCCGAGAAGCCAGCAUCCAGCGAGGCUCCUUUGGAGAAGCCCCGGGCGUAUGCCAAGGAGACCAUGUACUACUACAGCCUGGACAAGAAAUUUUUCUUGCUCCGAAAAGCUAUAGUCGGCUCAAGCAUGGUUUUGGUGAUCGUUAUGCUUUACAUGCUCUUUGGCUGCAUGUGCCUCUAG